CCCCCCCUCCCCCCCCCCACCACCACCGAAUCAGCCGCUGUUUGCUCCCGGCGCAGACCUUCAGAAGAAAUAAAAUUAGAAGCUGAGCCGCGGCUGCGCAGUAACUCUCCCCAAGCCACCUCCUUCUCUCGCACUGUUGGUUGGCUCGAUUGGAUCGGCAUGGAGACGGAGGCGACGACGCCGCGGCCGGUCUGCGCGCAGGAGGCGCUGGGUCUGCUCAACUGCGCCGCCGAGAACCCCUACGACCGCGAAAAGUGCCUCUCCCUCCUCGAUGCCCUCCGCGUGUGCAUCCGCCAGAAGCGCGUGAAGAAAUUUUCCCUGGCUGAAGCAAGCUCCACAGGCACCACUGAAGCUCCAAAAAGCAAAUAGAAGCACCGAAUUUUCAGGCAAAACCAAAUUUCAGCAAAUGUGAUAGAGCGGACAUGCUUCUUGAUGAGGUGCUGGAUCCAUCGUUGUAAACCUAUUGCAGAUUAAAAUUUCCCCACAAAAAUAUCACGUUGUAGUUCUUCUGACUGCAAAUUUUAUGUAAGUGACACUAUUUGAGCAGACAAGAAUGAAUGUAGUUUCACUAGUGUGGCAUCAUGUCAUAUCAAUAAGAAACAGAUGUAUCUUAACAUCAUGGCUACACUACUAUUAUGCUUGGAGGAUAAACGGAAUGAGAUCUCAAUGUUCAUAGAU